CCCGCUUCAUCUCUUUUCUUUUAACUUCUCCCCUAUCUGUAAAUCGGUGACGAAUUUGCUACGUUGAUGAUACUCCGUACACUGUUCAUCCUCUUGUCUGCCUUUGACUCCAGUGCGGGAGUAGGUAUUCCCGAGCUGACUCUGCAUCGUCAGCGCAGGAUUUAUUGCCCAGGGUAGCGACACAGGCCAAGGUCCACGCAAUACCCUGCGGAAAGACUGGCAAGGGACCCUGAUUGGACAUAUCUCGGGAUACCGCUGAGCGCAUCGCUCAAUAUCCCGCUCGUCCGUGCUUGUGGAAACAGAAAAAAGUAAUCAUAAAAUAUGCAGGGCUGUAACGGCGCUGACUGUAUGAGCACGCACUACUUCAACGGCUAUAUGUUAGCUCUCCCAAGAUUUAUCUCUAGAUUGGUUCGUCUCGUUCUAUUGCUUCGUCUGUUGCUCGUCUAUUGCUUCGUCCUAUCGUCUUUCUUUGAGAUGUACUCUCCAGAAUUACCUUAUCUUCCGCCGCCACACCCUUCUUUCUACGAUGAGAAUGACAUUGCCAACGACCCAAACAAAGCCUACUGGUCCGUUGAACGUCUGAAGACGGGCCUCAGGAUUGGAAAGAGAGAGUAUAACGACAUCCUCAUAGCCAUAGAAGAUGAGCUCGAAGCGCAGAAUAUUCUUGGCGAAACCCUCUUACGCAAGACCGACCGGGCUCAUCAGCACAGCCUUCAACAGGUUGUGAGGAAUGUUGAGUGGCGCUUCUGGCCUAUUUUCAGCAGAGCACCCGAACCUUGGAGAGGACGGUGCCUCUGGAAAUUGAUCUAUAGAGCCAACAAUAACUUCAGGGAGAGGCGGAGUCGCAGGUUGAACGGUCGCCGAGGCCUAGACUCCGAUCCUUGCAACUACCCUCAGGAGUGGCAUAUGCCGACCGAAAGUUCUCUCUAUCCUUUUCCCACUGAGCCUACAUACACCAUAACUGGGCAGUGGCAACCAUUCAAUACUCCACCAGCGGACUUCGACUCAGGAUGCGCUUAUCCUACGAUCCUUCCUGAUCCAUUGGCCAUUCCUCAGAACGGAACAUACUUCCAACAGCCAUAUCCAGACCCGCAGACUGUACCGACCCGAUAUACAAAGUUUAUCGGAAUCGAACAGCAAGACACAGAUUCGAGGCAACCACGCUACAACGUUUUGUUCGUUCCUGUUGAGGACGGAGUGCCAGUUGGACCUCGAUGGACGUUCCCAGACUGGACCAGAACGUGUACGAACCGAGAAAACGUCGAGGCCUAUUCAGAUGUUAUCCCAUCGAUGGGAUAGCCGGCCUCGACCGAUACUAGCCGAUCGGCGUAUCGUGUACCUAUAUUCACAUUGUUUCUAAGUUGAACACCUCGAGUACAAUCGAUCUUUCUUUGGUCAAGGCGCGGAUGGAUACUUGGUUGACCGGUCAAUUCAAUUCGACCCGGCUGGUACGGGAACAUUUACAACAGGUUUGGAUAGAGUUCAAGAC